AUGGGACAAGGAGCAUGGAGGGACUUGGCACAUGGAAGCAGCUCAACUGGAUACGCAAAGGAAGAAGGGAGAAGCCAUCUUGAAGACCAGCUCGACCGUCCACUCGACCAACCGGCGACUCCCCACACGAAAGUGAUGGCAUUCGCUGGAAAAGAUCCACUAAGAGCUCCAAUAUCUCUUGCUCUAGACAAUAGAGGUGUAUGCGAACUCGAUCGAGUCGGUCUAACUGAAGACUUGGUCGAGCUAGACAUUACAACGGGUAGAAAGAGGGUUCAGAGGUCACAGAGGGUACAAGAGGAACCUGAGGUGCUUGUUGCUGAUACAAUGGAUGUACCAGAGGGGAAUGGAAACCCUUUGGGCAAUGGACUCGGUCGAGCUAGGCAAACUCGACCGAUUGGUCAAGGAGAUGCUCCAAACCGCCACCAACAGAGACAAGGGAUUGUUCCACCACCAGUGCAGAACCACAACUUUGAGAUCAAGCUGGGAAUGAUCAACCUUGUCCAGAACAAGAUGUUCCAUGGAUUGCCAAGUGAAGACCCCAUUGACCACCUUGAUGAGUUUGAUAGGCUUUGUGAUUUGACAAAGAUCAAUGGUGUCUCUGAAGAUGCCAUCAAGCUGAGACUCUUUCCUAUGUCUCUAGCUGACAAAGCUCACCAAUGGGAGAAGAGCUUGCCCCAUGGCACAAUCACCACUUGGGAUGAAUGCAAGAAGGCCUUUCUUGCUAAGUUUUUCUCCACCGGUCGCACAGCCAAGCUUAGAGGAGAGAUAUCCAGCUUCAUCCAGCGAAACAAUGAGACAUUCGCAGAGGCUUGGGAGAGGUAUAGGGAGAUGCUAGACACAGCUAGCAAUGGGAACUUCCUCAACCAGGAUGUAGAUGAUGGCUGGCAACUUGUGGAGAACAUAGCUAACUCAAAUGGAAGCUAUGGAGAAGAGUAUGAUCGCACCAACCGGAGCUCGACCCACCACUCGAUCGAGUCAGACGAAAAGUUGAGAAAAGAUGUUAAGGCAUUGAAUGAGAAGUUGGAUAAGCUGAUCCUAGCUCAGUCCACAAUGAAGAAAGUCAACUUUGUGUCUGCUGAGGAGAUGGAACCAGUCCAAGAAGGGGAGGAUACACAAUUUGCUGAGGUGUGCUACAUGAGCAAUGGGCAAGGAGGUUACAACAAAGGAUACUAUAAUUACAAGUCCAACCCUGCCAUGUCAUACCGCAACACUGAUGUUGCUAACCCUCAGGACCAAGUAUAUCCUCAACAACAAGCAGCUCGAUCGAGUCAGGUGCCACAACAUGGGUAUGGUCAAAAGAACAAUUACCAAGGACCACAAGGCACUUUCCCUGGACAACAAAUGAAUAUCCCACCAGGCUUCCCCCACCAACCGCCCCAGCCUGCACCUUCACAAGAGAAUGAGCUCAAAGCAAUGCUAAAGCAACUACUUCAAGGGCAAGCUGAUGGGGUAGUGGACACAAGCAAGAAGCUAGCUGAAAUAAACUCUAAGAUCGAGAACCUCAACACAAGGGUUUACUCUCUGGAGAAUCAUGCUUCUUCUGUUGCUGCUGCUACAAAGCAAGGACAACUACCUGGUAAAGCUAUUCAGAACCCCAAGGAACAGUGCAAGGUCAUCUUCACUCAAGAAGGACUUGUUGAAGAAGAGGAUCAAGAAAGGGUCAUUGAAGAUUUUUGUUUACUGCUGAAUGAUGAAGAGAUUGUUGCUGCUGAGGCUCCUGGAGUCCAGAUUGAUCAACCAGAAGUGCAUGCACCUACUGUGGCCAUUCACACUUCACCAGUUGAGCUCGCACGACAAGCUCGAUCGGCAGCUCGAUCGAGUCCAACUCUAGCUCGAUCGAGUCCGACCUCUUCUGUCCGACAGCCUGUUUUGCUUGAUCCUUAUCAACCGGUUGCCGCUUCCUCGUCUCGCCUACUUAGUCAAGGUCACAAGGAAGUGAUUCACAAGUUCAGAAGAGAUCUCAGUGGGAUUGGAAUUGAGUUGCCUCUAUGGAUAGCAUGA